CAAUAGGCGGCGAGGCCGCGGCCCGCGACGGUUGACCGGGCGGCCGGUAGCUCGCGGGCUCGGAGGCCGAUCGGGACUCCGCUGGGCUCGGCGCGGUUCCCGGGAGACCGAAGCCUGGGCUCCGGGCGGUGCGGUGAGAUCUGUGGCGGCCCGAGGGGUCGGGGAGCUGCGGUCGGCUGACCCGGCGCGUGCCGCCCGCCAUGCCGUCCCGGGUGGAAGACUACGAGGUGCUGCACAGCAUCGGCACCGGCUCCUACGGCCGCUGCCAGAAGAUUCGGAGGAGGAGCGACGGCAAGAUCCUGGUGUGGAAGGAGCUCGACUAUGGCUCCAUGACGGAGGUGGAGAAGCAGAUGCUUGUGUCUGAAGUGAACUUGCUCCGGGAGCUGAAGCAUCCAAACAUCGUCCGUUACUACGACCGCAUUAUCGACAGGACCAACACAACCCUGUACAUCGUGAUGGAGUACUGCGAAGGAGGGGACCUGGCCAGUGUCAUUACAAAGGGGACCAAGGAAAGACAAUACUUAGAGGAAGAGUUUGUGCUUCGAGUGAUGACUCAGUUGACCCUGGCCCUGAAAGAGUGUCACAGAAGGAGUGACGGUGGCCACACUGUGCUCCAUCGGGACCUGAAGCCAGCCAACGUCUUCCUGGACAGCAAACACAACGUCAAGCUCGGGGACUUUGGACUCGCUAGAAUAUUAAACCACGACACGAGUUUUGCAAAGACGUUUGUUGGCACACCUUAUUACAUGUCUCCUGAGCAGAUGAGUCGCUUGUCCUAUAAUGAGAAGUCGGACAUCUGGUCGCUGGGCUGCCUGCUGUAUGAGCUGUGUGCAUUGAUGCCUCCAUUUACAGCCUUCAACCAGAAAGAGUUAGCUGGGAAAAUCAGAGAAGGGAGAUUCAGGCGGAUCCCCUACCGCUACUCUGAUGGCUUAAAUGACAUCAUCACUCGGAUGCUGAAUUUAAAGGAUUACCACCGGCCUUCCGUGGAGGAAAUCCUGGAGAGCCCUUUGAUAGCAGAGUUGGUUGCGGAAGAGCAAAGGAGACAUCCAGAGAGGAGAGGCCAGCGCUUAGGGGAGCCUCCCAAGCUGCAGGCCUCCAGCCCUGUGCUGAGUGAGCUCAAGCUGAAGGAAAAGCAACUGCAGGACCGAGAGCGUGCGCUCAGAGCCCGAGAGGACAGUCUGGAGCAGAAGGAACGUGAACUGUGUAUCCGAGAGAGGCUAGCAGAGGACAAACUGGCCAGAGCCGAAAGUCUGCUGAAGAACUACAGCUUGCUGAAGGAGCAGAGGUUGCUGUGUCUGGCUAGUGACCCAGAACUUGAUCACCCCUCCGUGAUGAGGAAGAAGGUUCAUUUCCGUGGGGAGAGCAAAGAGAACACCACAAGGAGUGAGAAUUCCGAGAGCCAGCUUGCCAAGUCCAAGUGCAAAGACCUGAAGAAGAGGCUUCAUGCUGCCCAGCUGCGGGCUCAAGCCCUGUCGGAUAUUGAAAAAAACUACCAGCUGAAGAGCAGGCAGAUUCUGGGCAUGCGCUAGGCCAGCACACGUGGAGCUGGGUGGGCACUGGAUGCGGCCAGCCCACUAGAGACUGGCACUCGACUGCUGUGGUUGUGUCUGGUUCUGAGUUUUGUCUUUGUACGCAGUGAGUGUGGUGCUGCAUUGUUGGUGCGCUUUUUCAGCAGCAGGUCCACAAGAUGGACACGUCUCCCUUUGCCUCCUGAUAGCCCUGAGUAGAAAGCGUGGUGCCUUUGCUGGUUGGUUGGGCUUUUGAUCCUGUGUGCUAUUACUACUGGGAGUUUGAGAUGGGACACUGUAGAUUUUAGGAGAAAAUAAUGUUAGGGAAAGAAUAUUUAACCUCAGUUUAUGGGAUUGAGUGGUAUCCUGAUUCUGUCAUGUUUAGUUUUACACUGUAAAUGUGCAGCAGGAGCUGUGUGCCCAGCAUCCGUUGUCCAUGACCGUGGAUGAUGUAUGUGGUCUAGUCUCUCUAUGCCAUCAGCCACUUGGUGGUGCUUGGCUGUGGUGCAUCCUGUCUCACUGUAGUUUCCAGAUGAGCUUGAGCUGUGUGGCCUCACUGUUGAUAAGAUAUGACAAGCAGGAGUCUCCACUCUGCCACAGGGUCAGGGAAAGACCCCGCCUUUGAUCCAACAGCCUGGCAUUCCAGUUCCAAGCUGUUCACCAUGCAAGUUAAAUGCCAGUGACUUAGACUCUGGGAGAGUGAAAAUGUUGAAACGUCUACCUAAGAACGUGGAUUUACCUUCAGGGAAACUCCUUCCAGAACAGCUCUCAGUGAGUGCAGAAGAGAGAUUUAGAGUCGUGAAGAAAUCCAAGGAGGAGGCUGACACCGAGGGGCACGCUCUUUUCCUGCUGUCCUGUGGCUGCUAGCGAGCCCAGGAGAACUGCUCAAUGUCAUUCUCUACCUGAAAUACCUUUGUGUCCCAGGAUACUCUCCCAGUUCUUGAAUGGCCUUGAACAAAUGGUUACUGCACUGAAGCUCUGCACUGUGCCCCGUCUGUGUUUGAUGAGAUUAAUUUUGUUAAGUGCCCUUAAGUAUGAACUGAACAGUCUCAAAUGCCGCAGGGUCUUUGUGUGACUUAAAGUCACACGUGUGGUUCCCUGAUGUUUAAUGUUGGAGAACUAUCUUCAGAGAGCUCGUCUGUUUAAGGUACUGGGGAGAAAGCAGGUCACCUUUGCUUUCUGUCCACAGCCCCGCGAGACAGCUUCAGAACACAGCAGUGUGGGAUGUGUGCCGUUGAGGGGGAUGCUGCCUUCACCUGUGUGAGGACAAGGCGUUUGCUGUUUGUCUACAGUUUUCUGAAGACCUCAUCAGAAAGAGGUUCAUGUGUCUUAAGUGCUGUUGGCAGGGUCAGAAGUGUUUUAAUGUGAUCUGCCUCACGAUUAAACACACAGACGUCUUACAUUUUAAAAUGCUGUGUCCUUUCCUUUCUGGAUCUACAAUAACUCACUUGGGUGUGUAACUUGCCAAGGUCGGCCUUUCUAAUGCUUUGUGUAAAUUCUCUGCUGUUUGGCACUUGUAGCUGCAGAAACAGUGCCAGGAAUCUCUUGCAGCUGCAGGUGCAGUGCCUUUGGAUCUCUUAAAGCUGUGUGUUGGGUGGAGUGUUAAAAUCUGGUGAGCAUCUUGUCUGUCUGUCCUGUGACAAUGUGCCAGAUGGGAAAUCCUGUUGAAAACUAGAAACUCAGUGGUGGUGGUUUUUCUUGCUUUUUCUCUUUCUCCUUUAGUCUAUAAUGAUACCGGUAUAGCAGUACAGAAUAAGAUCCCAUGUAUAUAAAAAUUCUAAGUAUGAGGUUUUAAGUGUUCUUGAACUUUAGAAAACUUAAUUGGAUACAAUUGUUUAUGAGUAACCAGUCAUCUUAUUUAUAAAAUUUUCAAUACAAUAAAAUCUAUUUUGUGGAAAUUCA